AUGCAUGCACGCAUGAUUCAUUCUCACAGUGGUGAGACAACACCCAUCCCAUAUGGAAAACAAGGACAGGUGAGUUGUUCUCAGCACUUUAUCCUUCUAUGCCUACCUCAACCCUAUGUCUUUAUACUACAGCUGCAUAACUAACACUAAGAUUUUAAAAUAACACAGUCAAACCCCACUUCGUGGACACCUCAUUAUUGCGGACAGUCUGCUUUGUCCCUGGGGAAAGAAAGCCCUUACAUUUGUUUUGAAUUCAUUACCCACUUAAUAUGGACACCCUGUUAAUUCAGACACUUUCGUUAGCCACCUCAGUGUCCGUAUUAACGUGGUUUGACUGUAUAAAGUUCUCUGGUAAGAAUACACAGUUCCACUUGCACAUGCAUAAAGAUCAGAUAAUAUCAAUGACACCAUAUCGGCUCCUUGAUACACAACAGUUUCUGUAAACCAUCAGCUCUCUUAUAAAUGGACACUGUUUGUACCACCAAGCAUCUGAGGUUUCUGUGAAGAAAAAGUUGACUGACAUGUUUGUGCAUGUACAUUUGCUCAGAUUUACUGGCCUUUCUUAGUUUCUUUCCUUUUCUGGAGAUAUCACUGUUGCUGUAGUCUGUAUUACUUCUAAUACCCAAAUUGACACAUUACAAUUUUAUUUAUUUUUUAAAAAAUGAAUUACUUUUAUUUUGUAGCUGUAAUUCUAUCAAUCCAUUUCUUUAACUAUAUUAUUAUUCUAACAGUAUCUGUUAUCAGUUGAGAGGCAGAAGCUGAAUAAAGAUCUUCUGUCUGGUAAGUGUUAGGACUCUCCUACUGUAUCUGUUUGUUUCUGCUACCUAUACGUAGAUAUGUCAAAAUGUGCGUUGAAAAGGUACAAAAAUCCAGAUCCAAAGCACUGAUGAAAAGGGAGAACCCUCGAAACAUCUGGAUUCUCGUACCUGUUCAAUGCACAUUUUGUUGAACUUUGUAAAAAUCAAUCAAUCACUUCCAGUUUUCUAUAUGUAUAUUUCUUUCUUAACCCUAGAUAGAUAUAUAAGUGACUUGUUAUGCAAAAGGUUGGCGUGUACAUUAAUUAGUUUGCUUUCCACUUUUACCUAUCACUAAUGGCAGUAACGUCCAUCCCCAGUCCCACCCUAGUACCCCUAGGGGAGGAGUCCACCCACUCAUUCCACCCCUGAGAGGAGACAUGUCUCUGAACUUUCACCCCACCCCCUCUGCUCUUAGACAAUGUGUGACUGAUGUAUGACUGACAAACGACUGAUUUUCUUUCCUAUUAGUGUCAGAGUCUUAUCGCCACGUUGGCCUGCACUUUGAGCACAAACUUGUUGCUGUUGAUCCAGAGAAAGGCCAUCUCACAUUCAAGUGGUAUGUUUCUAAAAAAAUAUGCUUGUUUAUGAUAAACUGUACUGUAAUAGGCUCUGUUAUUUCAUACAAAAAGUUAAUGCUUUUGCUUAGUUAUAUUUGAAACAGCAUCAGUAACCCUGUCAAUUUAUAUCUUUUAUAAAGCCUUGCAAAUAAUGAUCAGAUACUUGAGGUUGAUGCAGACCACAUCAUCGGAAGUGAUGGAGCGUACUCCGCUGUGCGAAGAGAGCUGAUGAAAAGGCCAAGGUACAGCUGUAGAGUAGCAGUCAAAUGCUUGAGAUCCAUUAAUAAUCACCAUGAAAUAUCCAGUCCCUGUUAACUAGUUGUAGCUAUCGCCAUUUACCAACAAGGGAAAAAGAAUACCAUCAACAACUAUUCUUUGGUGAAUCCAUAGUACCACACCGUUAAAAUCUUGCAAAGACCUCAUGAUGGCACACACCAGAUUAGUUCUUGUGUUAUCCCUAUUUUUCCCUUUCUUACCUCAUACAACAGUGCAUUUUAUUUAUGUAUUUUGUUGAUUUUUAAUUUCAGAAAUAAUAUGAGGUAUAGCUUAUUCUUACUCUUUCAAAUCUUGUAAAAAAAUUGCAUUACACUCAGCUUAACCUUUCUGAUUUUUUCAUAAUUUAGGUUUGAUUUUAGCCAAGAGUACAUUCCUCAUGGUUAUAAAGAACUUUGCCUUUCUCCCACCCAAGAUGGAGAGGUUUGGAAAUUUUUCUUUUAAACAACAAUCCCCAUAUAAUAAUAUGUAAUAAUAAUAAGAUGUAUAGAGGAUAUUACAUGGCCGCGCGGAGAUACGAAAUUUCUCUUUAAGUGUUGAAAAAUAUUUCACCAGUGAGCGUAGCAAAUGAGUGAAACAUUUUUUCAACACGAGAAGAAGAAAUUUCUUAUCUCCAAGCAGCCAUGUAAUGUUCUAUUUAUUAUAUAAACACCAAUGAAAUACCAAACCAUUUCACUUUAAUAGUUUUUUGGUGUGAAAGGCGCAAUUUAUUAUGUAGCCAUAGCAAAGGGGAUACUUUCACAUGUGAAGAUAUCAAGUUUUCACGCGAAAGCUCACCUGGUAUUUGAUUGGUGUUUAUAUAAUAAUAUGGUGUAUUUUAGAAUUUCUUUUUGUAACCAUACAAAUUCUUUCUCUGUACAUUAACUACUGGAUGAUCUUGACACCAACAAAAAGAUGGGUUAUUUUAUGAAAUAAUCUAAAAAUUUCCUGGUUUGGACGUCCUAAGGCUUGGCACAGGCUGAAUAUAUUAAUAACAAAAACAAGUUAAGCUGUGCAUGUUUAUAUGUUAAUAAUUAACAUAUAAAUAUAAUUUAUUAUAAAAUUAUUCUAUAAUAAAUUUGUUUAUUUGUUAUUUAUUUAUUUAUUUCAAUUGUAGUUUGCUAUGGCAGUGAAUUAUUUACACAUAUGGCCAAGACAGACAUUCAUGUUAAUAGCUUUACCAAAUCAGGUACAUGUACUUACUAUAUUCUUUGAAAUGUGAAAGUUGUUGAGUAGAGUAGGGGCUGUUCAUUAGGUUUCUCCUAAUUGGUUGUGGGAAAUAAUGACAUGUCAUUCUUCCAAUAAUUGGAAGAAUAAACAAUUAUUAUUUUAGUAUUGUUUGGGGUUAGGGAAACAAACCAUUGGUGAUUUCCCUUCCGAGCAGCUGCUACAUGACCCCAGUCGUUGUUUGCAGAUUAUAGUGAAACUUGCAUUCAUUAAGCAGACUCCAAUGGGAUCCUCCCUAGUGGAGAUGUCCACUUAAUACAAGUGUCUUUCACAGAAAAUAUGGGAAGAAAAGUGGGGAAGCCACUGAAGCUCUUGGUCAGCUGGAAUGAAAUGUUAAUGGAUCUCCCCACUGUUUUAAAUCAUAUUUGCCAGAUGACCUGUCCAAAGGGUCGUUUGUCAAAUCAGCAGCUUAUGAUUCCCACUCAUGAAAAUAUGAUCACAAGAGAAAUAAGAUGUUACUUUACUACUUGCCAUAGCUAAAAUAGUUUUGUUGUUGUUUUUUAAGGACAAGUCAUUUACCUGUACACUGUUUCUACCAUUUGAUCAGUUUGAUGUGUUAAAAACAAAGGUAUGGUACUCUUAACAUGUAUUGUUAUUUUUAUUUUUCUAUUAUUGUAUCACUCAGUUGGUUAGUUUCAUGGGUGCUUUUGUUGGUCAAUUUCAUAGGCUAGAUUCUACUGUAUAGCCCACUAAAUUUGAAAAUUUUCCUUUCCUUUGCAUCCAAUGGAUAUCUUGCUAAACAGGGCUCGAAGUUAACUUUUUAGUGCACUUGCAAAGUUUUGCUAGUGAAAUUUUUUUCCACUAGCAAACUGGUGAGACCACUAGCAAAUUCUUUCCCUUUGUUUGGUUACAUGGAUGAUUCUAACUCGCAAACGUUUGCUAGUGGAUAUUUUUCUCACUCGCAGAUUAUCAAAAUCACUCGCAUUUUUCAAGUUUGCGAGCGUCAAUUUCGAGCCCUGCUAAACCUCUUUCUCCCUGUUGUUAGUUUACACACUGUAAAUAACGUUCCUCUAUUUUCUUUCCCUGUCGCCAUAAUUAAAUCAAUGGGAAAAAACUUGGUUCAUAGAUAAUUUUACAGUAUCAGGACUGAGAAAGCAGGGUUCAUAAGAUGAAUGAAUUAUAAUUAUUAUUUUUGAUGAAUUAUGCUUUGCAGGAAGAUGUAUUGGAAUUUUUUCAAAGAGAAUUCCCUGAUUUCCUGGCCUUAAUGGGAGAGUAAGAGAGUGAUAUUCUUCUUGACUUCCACAGCCACAAGAAUACUCUGUAACUAGGUUUUUGCUUCACAAGAUCGUACUGUCUGUCUGUCUGGUUAUUCUCAGUCUGUUUAUUAACUUGUAGAAAACCACAUCACCCCAUCCAUCCCCCCAGCAUAAGACUAGAAUAAUAUUCCUUAACACAGCAAAUGAAAAAGGAUGAAAAAACUAAAUUGUCAGUUUCUGAACAUUAAAAGAGCUACUUUAUAGUUUUUGCCCUUUUGAACAGAUUGUAGACAUUAAUGCUUCCUGGACAAACAAUAAUAUUGUCAGUGUACUAAAAUUUUUUUCCCUGCAGCAUUUCUAAUAAAGCAAUCAAUUUUUGUUUUGCUUAUGCAAUUUUGAGCACUCAAGAAGUUACUUAUAAACUCCAUAAAAAGGUAUUUUACUGUAUUUUACUCAUGCUUUUGGUUUGAUUUUAUUAGAGAAAAACUGGUGGAGGAAUUCUUCAGAAAUCCAACUGGCCCCAUGGUAUCAGUCAAGGUACCUUAGAUAUUGAUCUGCAAAUUAACAAUACUGGUAUACUGUAGGGCUGGAUCUAAGGGGAGAGUGCAGGGGGCACACACCUCCCCCUCCCCCCUGACAUGGCCUACAGCUCUCUAAUACAACUUGUAUUCUGUAUUAAAAUUUGUUUCCGUCACCAGUCAGUUACGCCAUUCCUUAGCGCUGCACCUGGAUCCGCCCCUGUAUUGCAAUAGGCCAUUUCUGUGUAGGCUUAUUAGCCUCCUAUUUAAAGCAAAGGUAUUAGUGCUGGCUGCAAAUUAUGUGAAAAUGGUUCUUUGUUUUGUUUUUUAAUCCUUCAUGCAAACCAAAUCAAAGACAGCAAAAUCAGUUACCCUCUCCCUCCCCUCCCCUCUUCCAAGUAAAUACAAUACUAGUAUAUUACUGUUGUACAUCUUAUUUCUCCUUUAUGUAACUAAUAAUAGAUUGUGUUUUUUCAUUAGUGUAAACCAUAUCAUGUUUCUGACAAAGUUUUGCUCAUUGGUGACGCUGCUCAUGCCAUGGUUCCUUUCUAUGGCCAAGGAACAAAUUGUGUAUGUAUAGUUCGUUUGUGCACUUUAGAAACAAAGAAAUGUGAAUAAAUGAAUGAAUGAAUGAGUGAAUGAAUAAAUGAAUGAAUGAUUGAAUGAAUGAAUGAAAGAGUGAAUGAGUUAGCAAGUAAGUGAGUGAUCAAAUUCCCUAUUCAUGUAGUAUGCAAAAUAUUUUCCAUUUUCUUAUUUUAACAAAAACUUUUGAUUACUAAGUCACAAUUUUAUUUAUAUUAUAUUGAAUCAAAGUCUGGAUGUGAUCAUUAAUUGAUGAAUAUACACCUGUGCAUAGAUUGGGUUAAAUUUAAAUCUUGUUUUCCCAUUUUAUGAUUUUCCCAAUUUCUUCCUCAGGCAUUUGAAGAUUGUUUGGUUCUUGAUGGGCUUCUGGAGAAACACAACAAUGAUUUUGGUUAGUGAACUGACACCGCUUUAUUUUUAUUCAGUCAGAACUCGUGCACCCAACUUCUUGUUGGUGUUACCUACCUGUAGUGUAUCUAAGAUGGAUUGCCUUUGUUUGUAUUUUUUACAUUAAUUCACACGCAUAGACAAUCCACCUUAAUUGGCAAUCUACAGUUACAUGUACAGUAUACUGCAUGGCAAUGAUUAUUAGCAAUAAUUUUAUAUUAUCAUUAUGAUGAUGAUGAUAUUGCACCUCGGGACUCACAUUUAUACGUCAGUCAUUCAGAAUUAAGAGAUGUGAAGAUAAGACUUCUUUUCAAUUGUGGUCUUGAAAUUCAGAAACUAUUGGGUUUAGUGAAUUACCCUGCAUGAAAACAAUAAAAAACUACAUUUAAACUAAGCUGACAUUUAUCGGAUUUGCACUGACAAACUUGUGCUUUGUAUAAUCAUACAGAAAGUCAGCUUUUGAAUUUCUUUAGCUGUUUUACCUAAUCAUCCAGAGGCCCUGGUUACUCAAAAGCUGGAUAGUGCUAUCCACAGGAUAAAUGGCUGUUAACUAAUAAUAUUGUGUUAUCCAGUGGAUAGUGAUUUAUUUGGUGGAAAUGGCUCUCCUCCACAUUUUGAGCAACUUGUGCCUUGUUGAUUAAAUCCAAAAGACAUAUUUAGGAACUUUUGCAAUAGUUGGAUGAAAUUUCCAUUUUCUUUAUGUCUCUGCUACAUGAACAGCAAGAGCUCUGGCAGAAUACACCAGAACGAGGAACAAGGAUGUUGAGGCCAUGUGUGAUUUAGCAAUGUACAACUACAUUGAGGUGAGUAAAACUGGUUCAUUAUGAAGACACUGUGAAGUUGUUUACCAUUGAAUCCAUGGGAAAAAAACCUUUUUUGAGGUGACCAUUCAAACAGGUCUCUCAUCAGUUUCUAACAUACACGGUACCAUCUGAUUUUUGUUAUCUUUCUUGAACUUUGACUAGAAACACUCUUAUAAUUUAAUGGUAAAUGGUAAAAAAUAUAAAGGUGAUUUAAAUGGGUCGUUUCGUUUCGUUUCCGAAAGUGCAAAGUUUUGCAGCUAGGGUUGCCUCUGGGGCAAGAAAAUUUGACCAUGUCAUCCCCACAUUAAAGCAACUAUAUUGGUUGCCAGUUGCUCAGCACGGAGAAUUUUAUUAUUUAGUUCCAUAGAACCUUUUACAGUUACACUCUUUUUUUACUAGCCAGGAUAGUUUUUAUCUAUUUAUAGUUUUGUACUGUAAUUGUUACUGAAAACCAUGUGUUCUGUUAUAAUGAAAAUAAUAUCACAAUAACCUUGGUAUUUUCCUUUUCUUGGCACAGAUGAGAUCUUUGGUGACUUCACCAGUUUUCCUUAUGAAGAAGAAGUUGUUUAACUUUCUUAACUGGGUUAUGCCCAGGACAUUUAUACCUCUUUACACCAUGGUAAGUACAAUGAAUGCACAGGAUGUGAUUGGGUAGGCUGUUCUAGGAUCUAGAGUACUUGUAACAAGCAAAACAGAAGAGGAAACCUGUGCAAAAUGAAAGUGCAGGACUGGAAAAGAGACUUACAAAUUAAAAAAGAGUUAAGGAAGUGAGAGAGACAAGGUAAAAAUAAAUGUACAGUGGAACGUCAAUUUAACGAACCUCUUUGUAAUGAAGUCCUUGAUUUAGCAAAUGAUUUUCUUUAUCCCUAUAAUAGUAAGAUAUAUGAAAAAGAACAUCAAUGUAACAAAACCUCGUUAUAACGAACAAAUUUUAUCAGUCCCUUGGCCCUUUGUUAAAUCAAGGUUCCCCUGUACUAGGAAUGGAAAAGGUUAGUUGUAUGAGAGAGAGUGCAAAAUUGAUUUAAAUAAACCCAUGAGGACUGCGAAAGAGAGUUGAGGUUUGAUUACCACUCACUGUUUGGGAAAUGAACUUGGGACCCAAUAGAGUGGCAUAUAUCAAGCCUACUAGGACUGGGGAAGAGAUGUUAACAAUCGUUUUCCGCUGGGUCUUUGAACAAUGUUUAACUUAUGCUUCUAUUUUAUUGGUGUCUUUUUAACUCACUGCUUGCCUUUGUUUAUGUUGUCUUCAGGUAUCAUUUACUCAGAUACCUUACCACACAGUAGUUGAAAGAUCACACUGGCAAGAUGAGGUGCAUGUGAAAAAUAUAGUCCUAAUUUAUUUUUCUCUAGCCUACAAAUAA